AUGGCGAACGAGGGCGAACGGCCAACCUCCGCCGACAAGGGCAAGGGCAAGGUUGAUGACGUUCGCGAUCUGAACGGCAAGAAGCCACAGAAGGAUGAGAAGACUCCUGCAGAGGGCAACAAGAAGGAUGAGGAACCACAGCAAGAAGAACUGAGUGAGGAAGAUCAAGAAUUGAAGAAUGAGCUCGAAAUGCUCGUUGAGCGGUUAAAGGAGCCGGAUACUUCCCUCUACGGUCCUGCCGUGGAUGCCAUCAAGAACUUUAUCAAGACUUCGACAUCUUCUAUGACAGCCGUUCCCAAGCCUCUGAAAUUCCUCCGACCUCAUUAUGAUGAGCUCACAGAGCUAUACGAGAAGUGGACAGCGGGUGCCGUAAAGGAUUCCCUCGCUGAUAUGCUGUCUGUACUUGGUAUGACCUACGGAGACGAGGAGAAGCUCGAGACACUUAAGUACCGCCUUCUGGCCAAGUCCGAUGACCUUGGCUCUUGGGGCCACGAAUAUAUUCGACACCUCGCGUUGGAAAUUGGACAGGAGUAUCAAAACCGAUUGAAUGCGGAGAAGGAAACCCAAGAUCUGGUUGAUCUCGCCCUGUCACUCGUCUCAUACUUCCUUGGCCACAACGCCGAGGCGGAUGCGGUUGAUUUGUUGAGUGAAAUGGAGAUAAUCGAGGAGAUCCCACGAUUUGUUGACGAGAACACUUAUGCUCGAGUUUGCUUGUACAUGGUUAGCAUGGUUAACCUGCUCACCUACCCCGAAGAUCAGCAGUUCCUCCGCACAGCCCACGAGAUUUACGUUCGCUACAACAAACUCUCCCAAGCAAUCGUGCUUGCCAUCCGACUGAAUGACAUCGAUCUCAUCAAGAGCGACAUCAAUGCCACAACCGACAAGGCUCUUAAGAAACAGAUGGCGUUCCUGGUGGCACGACAGCAGAUUUGGCUUGAUGUCGAUGAGGAUGAUGAGGACGCCGAAUCCCUGGCCGAUUGUCUCAACAACACUUCCAUUCCAAAGCACUUUAAGUCUCUCGGAAAGGAACUCAAUAUCUUGGAUCCGAAGAUGCCCGAAGACAUUUACAAGACGCAUUUGGAAAGCAGCCGCGGAGCGGGUCUCACCAACCUCGACUCCGCACGACACAACUUGGCCAGUGCCUUUGUUAACUCUUUCACAAAUGCUGGAUUUGGAAAUGACAAGAUGAUGCUGGUAGAUGGAGAGAAGGGUCCGUGGGUGUGGAAGACCAAGGACGAUGGACAGCUCUCCACAGCAGCUUCAUUGGGUAUGCUUCUGCACCGUGAUGUUGAGGAGGGCUUGAACAAGAUCGAUAAAUUUACGUACGUUGAGGAGGAUCAGGUCAAGGCUGGUGCUUUGCUUGCUCUUGGUAUCAUGAACUCCGGCGUUCGCAUCGAUUCUGACCCCGCUCUGGCUCUCCUGAGUGACCCGGACAACUUGGAGGCCAAGAACGUGCCCAUGCGGGUCGCAUCUAUUAUGGGUCUCGGUCUGGCAUACGCAGGUUCCAACAGGGAAGAGCUUCUGGAUGUUCUCCUCCCCAUUGUGGAGGAUGCCUCACUAGACAUGCAGCUUUCUGCCAUGGCUGCCGUCUCUCUGGGUCUCAUUUUCGUUGGAUCAUCAAAUCACCAAGUCAGCGAGGCAAUUGCCACAACCCUUAUGGACGAGGAGCGUCAGAAGCAGCUGAAGGACAAGUGGACACGAUUCAUGGCCCUUGGUCUGGCCUUGCUUUACUUUGGUCGUCAAGAGGAGGUUGAUGUCAUCCUUGACAUCUUGAAGGCCGUUGACCACCCCAUGGCUAAGCCAACCUCCGUUCUUGCAUCGGUCUGCGCAUGGGCUGGUACAGGAACUGUUCUCAAGUUGCAAGAACUUCUUCACAUCUGCAAUGAUAUCAUUGAGGAGAAGGAGGAAAAUAAGGGUGAUGAGCUUGUCCAGUCCUAUGCUGUUCUGGGUCUGUCCCUCAUCGCCAUGGGUGAGGAUGUUGGCCAGGACAUGAUUCUCCGCCAAUUUGGCCACCUUAUGCACUACGGCUCUAGCAACAUUCGUCGGGCCGUACCCCUCGCUAUGGGUCUUAUUAGCCCCAGCAACCCCCAGAUGAAGAUCUACGACACUUUGUCACGAUACAGUCACGACAAUGACAAUGACGUUGCCAUCAACGCCAUCUUUGCCAUGGGUCUAUGUGGUGCUGGCACCAACAACGCUCGUCUUGCCCAGCUCCUGCGUCAACUAGCCAGCUACUACCACCGUGACCAAAACUCCUUGUUCAUGGUCCGCAUUGCUCAGGGUCUCCUGCACAUGGGCAAGGGUACCAUGACCCUCAACCCCUUCCACACAGACCGACAGGUCCUUUCCCGUGUCUCGGCGGCUGGUCUGCUCACGGUGCUUGUUUCUCUCAUUGAUGCCAAGCAAUUCAUCCUCGCCGAGCACCACUACUUGCUCUACUUCCUCAUCACCGCCAUGUUCCCACGAUUCCUUGUCACACUUGACGAGGAUCUACAACCGCUGACCGUGAACGUGCGGGUUGGUCAGGCUGUUGAUGUUGUUGGCCAGGCCGGUCGACCCAAGACCAUUACUGGCUGGCAGACACAGAGCACUCCAGUUUUGCUGUCCUACGGUGAGAGAGCAGAGCUGGAGGAUGAGCAAUACAUCCCUCUUAGCAGCACACUUGAAGGCUUGGUUAUUCUGCGGAAG